CUAUUUUCCACCGCAAAACACUUCUCCGUCUAUCUCCUCAUUGCCAUCACCGGCCACGCACUCCGACCAUCCUCCACCAUGGCGAAGGACGUUUUUGCCGUUCAGAUUUUUUUCAUCGUAUUCCGCGAGUGCCUAGAAGCCACCAUCAUCAUCUCGGUGCUCUUCUCCUUCCUGAAGCAGUGCCUCGGCGAUGGCGGCCAGGACACGGCAGUAUACAAGCGGCUGGUGCGGCAAGUCUGGCUCGGCGCGGCAGCAGGCGUGGUCGUCUGCCUCAUUAUCGGCGGCGCUUUCAUUGGCGUCUUCUACGGCCUGGGCAAGGACGUCUGGGCCCAGUCCGAGGACCUCUGGGAGGGCAUCUUCUACCUGAUCGCCACCAUCAUCAUCUCCAUCAUGGGCCUCGCGCUUCUACGCAUCAACAAGAUGAAGGAGAAGUGGAGACUUAAGAUCGCCCAGGCCCUGGCCGAGAAGUCCAAGACGCGCCAUGUCUCCACCUGGCUCGGCGACUGGUCUCGGAGGCACGUCAUGUUCAUCCUCCCGUUCAUCACCACCUUGCGCGAAGGUGUCGAGGCCGUCGUGUUCGUCGGCGGCGUGUCCCUCAGCCUGCCCGCCACGUCCUUCCCGCUGCCCGUCGUCUGCGGCAUCAUCGCCGCCCUGCUUAUCGGCUUCUUGAUGUACCGGGGCGGCAACCUGAUGUCGAUCCAGAUCUUCCUGAUCGCCUCCACCAGCGUCCUCUACCUCAUCGCCGCCGGCAUGUUCUCCAAGGCCGUCUGGAGCCUGCAGUACCACGUUUUCGCCCGCAGGGUCGGAAGCGACGUGGCCGAGUUGGGCGACGGCCCGGGCUCAUACGACAUCGACCAGUCCGUCUGGCACGUCAACUGCUGCAAUCCGGAAACGGACAACGGUUGGGAUGUCUUCAACGCGAUCCUUGGGUGGCAGAACUCGGCCACCUACGGAUCUGUCAUCGCGUACAACGUCUAUUGGAUUGCCCUGAUGCUGACCAUCGCCUGCAUGCUCUACGAGGAGCGCACUGGCUCGCUGCCGGGCAAGGAGCGGGCCCUGUCGAUUAUGGUCAAGGUCCCCGGGCUGCGGAGAUAUGCGCAGCGAAAGCUCGACAGUGGGAAGCCGGUGGAUGCGGAUGCAGCUGUGGACCAGGCUCGGACCGAAGUCGUCAACACUGGAAUUUUGCAUGCUGAUGAGGGUUGA